AUGCAACUGUUUUCAUGCGCACACAUCUUUGCAUUGUUUUAUUUUGAUUUUUACCCUAUCCGAUGUUAUCACGAUUUCAGAUUGGCAAGACUUACAAGGGAUUUGACUGGAGCUCAGAGAAGUCUGACCACAGCAGAAACUCAAGUACACGACCUGACUAUCAAGUAUGAUACUGCUAACAAGGAUCGCAAGAAGGCCGAGGAUGAGCUCAGGCAACUCAAGAAGGAUAUGGCAGAUUUUCAGACACAACUUUCAGCCGCUCGCAGUGAGCUGGAAAAUGAAACCCUGUUACGUGUUGACUUGGAGAAUCGCUGCCAGAGUCUCAAGGAGGAGUUAGCCUUCAAAGCCAACCUUUAUGAAAACGAAAUGAAGGAAGUACGCACCAAGAAAGAAUUGGCGGUCACUGAGGUGGAUAGUCGUCUGCAAGAGGAAUACGAGCACAAAUUGGCUGAUGCACUCAGGGAGCUGCGUGAUCAAUAUGAAGAGCAGAGCGCCAUUCACCGUGACGAGAUAGAGCAGAUGUAUGAGAGCAAGCUAGCUGAUCUGAAGCACGUAUCUGACCGUGACAGCGACGCAGCACGUCUGGCUCGUGCCCAGAUUAAGGAGAUGCGUUCUGAGUAUGAUUCACUGAAGGCACAAGCGGAGAGCUUUGAGAGUGAGAGAGCGGCUCUGGAGGCACGCAUGCGUGGCCUAGAGAGGGCUCUGGAUCGUGAGAGAGAGGAGCAUCGGGACCAGAUGAGCCAGCGCGAUGAUGAAAUCAAGAAUCUGUAUGCACAGAUUGCCCAGAACUUGCAGGAGUACCAGGAUCUGAUGGACAUCAAAAUUGCACUUGACAUGGAGAUUGCUGCUUAUCGCAAGAUGUUGGAGGGUGAAGAGGCAAGGCUUAACAUCGAUACCCCACCGUCACUGUCACGCUCUAGAGGCAUCUUUGGUGGACGUAGUAGAAAGCGCAAGCGUAUGGCUGGUGCAGAGGAGUAUGAGUACUCCACCACCGACUCCAGCAAAGGGGAAGUACGGGUGAUGGAGUGUGAUCCUGACGGCAAGUUUGUCAAGCUGUCAAACACAUCUGAUAAGGACAUUCACAUCGGUACCUGGCAGCUGAAGCGCAUAACUGGGGACAAGGAGAUCACAUACAAGUUCCACAGGAACAUCAUCCUAAAGGCUGGACAACACAUUAAUGUGUGGAGCAGUGACGUAAAGGAUGUCACACACAAUCCACCAUCGGACCUUGUGAUGAAAAAUCAAAAGUGGUACAGCGGCGAGUCCAUGAAGACCAUUCUCAUAGAUAGUGAGGGCGAGGAAGUUGGUGAGAGGGAGAAUUUUCGUCAACUGCGCGCCUCUUCAUUCCAGCAGGAGGGAUCUUACCUAGAGGGUGAUCCACGAUCUCGUGAUGAAAAGUGUUGGAUCAUGUAAGUGAGUGUGGACCUGCACUUCCAACUACGGGAGCAGCAGUUAUAGUGGCAUAUUGUGAAAGGUAGUUGCCCGGCUUUCUCUAUAUUCAUGGUCGCUGUCUGAAAUUUUCCCACCAUGAUUGGAUACAAAAACGUGAUACAAACCAUCACUCUUCUGUUGUCUAAAUCUAAACCUAGGAGAUUUUCAUUGUAUCGGCACCAUGCCAAUUGUUAUUGAAGCAGGAACGAAUUUAUUCAUGAAGAUAAUAGCACAGCUGGCUGUAGUGGUUGCUGAUAGUGUUCCUAUUAAGUAUAUUGGUCCCAAAAAGGGUUGUGUUGAGAAUAUCUACCCGUGUGUUCGCAUUUACGUGAUUUUUCAUGUUCAUAUCACAAUAUUACAAUUUGUUCACAAAUGCAAUGGCAUCUGCGUAGGAAUAAGGAUCAGUGCACAUUGUUUGAACUAGGGAGGUAAUAUCUGAAGACUUGUAUUACAUGCACGUUUAGUAAUGUCAUAGAUCUACUGUAGUUAACUCAAAAAAAUUAUCUACCUGUCUCAUCAGAUUGUAGAAAUUGUAUGGGUUGUACUGAUUUCAAAUCUGCUGAUGAAAUAAUUGACCAAGAUUCUGUGUUUUAAUAUUGUCUGGUAUUUAAAAAACCAUGUUUCAUAGUCCACCAUGGUGCAUUCUUAAAGAGGAACAUUAGUAUAGAAUUUGAUCUUUGAACUGAGACUUAAUAAAGACUCGGUAUAUUGCGUGCAGCUGAAAACUGGAUUUAUGCAACUGUCGUAGCAGCACAGAUAUUGAUGCCACUAGCUGACGUAAACAAAAUGUCAUUUUUUGAAACAAUUAAAAAAAAAAUUUCUAGUAAAUAUUAAACAAUGAACUAUUUUUAUGUAACAAUUAAGACCUGAUCAACUGAAAAUAAGCAUUAAACCUAUACUAAUGUUUUCCUUUAAUCAGAAAAUAAUGCAUAUUAUAUGAGGAAAGUUGGACUAUAUUUUAAUAACCCACAAUUUACCAUGUGCUUUUCGAGAAAGAAAUCGCUGUUGUUUUGAAUUAUACAGAAACGUUUAUAUGUAACUUGUAAUAGUUACAAUGACAAGUACAACAGUGUAUUGUUCAUUUAUUUACUAGUGCAUAUAUAUAGCUGCGUUCACACGAGGAUUUCAGUACCGUACUUGGCGUUCACACGGUAAAAAUAUUCAAGGCUUAUACGCCGCCUCCCAAGUACCGUACUGAAAUACGAGGCUUGUUCGGCGCGGAAAGUGAUUCCGCGCCGAAACACCCGCUUGAGUACGGCACAACGCUGGUCGCGUAUUGUCUGUCGUGUGAACGCAAUUCGAGGCCUCGUAAGUCAUGAAACUGUAGUGCGCUACAUUGAUACUAGGUGGCGUAGUGUCGUUUUUCACUUCCGGCUCAUGCCCUUGAAAAUAUUUCUCCGAAUUUCCUGCGAAUUUUUGUUCCAUCAUCUCUAUUUCUGAUCAUGCCACCAAAAAAUUCUCAUCUGAAGAAGCAAAGCGACAGCGACAGUUGUGGUCGCACAACGAGACCGCAGCAUUGAUCUCGAUAUUUGGUGAUGAACGAGUAAGAUCGAGAUUGCAAGGCACAAGAAAAGACAGCAUUGUGUAUGGUGAAAUGUCUGCUCAGCUGAAGGAAAUGGGGUUUGAAAGAAGUAAUUGUGUGAUUUUGUGUAAUUUUACUGAAAAACUGCCACAAACAACUGACUUUCAUGGUGCCGCCAUCAUGAAAAACACUUCCCUCUAGCAGAGAAAUUAUUUACUAUUAUACCUAGCCAGCUAAGCCUCGAUUCGAGUGUGAACGCUGCGGGUUGUGUUAUCACUGUAUUUCAGCCGAAUUAAGCACCAGAUAAGUACGGAACCAGCGAGGCCGUGAAGCUCGUGUGAACACCUCUUAUAUGAUUGGAUGUAAUCAUAAGUUAGACAUUUUCAGUUGCAUUUAGCAGAGAUAGAUUUUAGUUACAACGUGUAAUAAGCGUAAUUAUUAGCAGUUGUCGUUUCUGUUUUUAUAGCAUUUUCGGUAGCCAAUUGAUACUGCCCCAUGUAAUCAUGUCUUAAGUUUUGGGUUCAGGUGAUUGUUUUGUCUAAGUGUCUAUUCAUUGAAAUCGGUAUGGGCCGAUCGCAUUCAGUUUCAGGAGCAUGGAGACUUGCAAUGGGAAAUUUCUAUACCCAGUUUGAAAUUGUUUACCUGGUAAUACAAAAUGUCAUGUGUUCAUUGCACAUGCUAAUAUGGUGUCCAAUAUAAGAUUAAUAAGUGUAUUUCAAUGGCAUUUGACAUGUUGAUGAAAUAAAAUUAGAUUUUUUAUGAGUUAGCAAUA